GCUAUACGUACAAGAAAAUUAGUCCUUGGACGGAAGGUUUUGAUGGACAUUAAAACAGGGAUGAAUUUGACCGACCCGUGAAAAUUAAUUCAGAGAAGAAGUUGAAGGUUCAGUCGAUUAUUGAACGAAGAGUGAAGCUGCGUAUACGUGUGUUAUUCACUCAAAAGAAGAGAAGAAACCUGAACAAGGAGAAGAAACGGCAACACCAGAAUCGGAAAUCGCAAGCAGGAAGAGAAGUAAGUUAGAAACUGAGAAUGGAGGAAGAGAACAAAGAAAUGAAAUCAUUUAAGGAUCUCGGCUUACCCGAGUCAUUGGUGGAAGCUUGUGAAAAAAUGGGUUGGAAGAAUCCGCUGAAGAUUCAAAUAGAAGCAAUUCCUCCUGCACUGGAAGGAAAAGAUUUGAUUGGACUUGCUGAAACGGGUUCUGGUAAAACUGGAGCUUUUGCUCUUCCGAUAUUGCAUGCACUCUUAGAAGCACCGCGCCCAAACCAUUUCUUUGCAUGCGUGAUGUCUCCCACAAGGGAGCUUGCAAUUCAAAUUUCUGAACAGUUUGAAGCUCUAGGUUCUGAAAUCGGUGUCAAGUGCGCUGUGCUUGUCGGAGGGAUUGACAUGGUACAACAAUCCGUAAAGAUAGCAAAGCUACCACACAUUAUUGUUGGGACUCCUGGACGUGUCUUGGAUCACCUAAAAAACACCAAAGGAUUUUCUCUUGCUAGAUUAAAAUACUUGGUCUUAGACGAGGCAGACAGGCUGUUGAAUGAGGAUUUUGAGGAAUCACUUAAUGAGAUUUUAGGAAUGAUCCCUCGCGAGCGGAGGACAUUCCUUUUUUCUGCUACGAUGACAAAGAAGGUCGAGAAGCUCCAAAGGGUUUGUUUAAGGAAUCCUGUGAAGAUCGAAACAUCAUCCAAGUAUUCUACGGUCGACACGCUGAAGCAACAAUAUCGCUUCUUGCCAGCAAAACAUAAGGAUUGCUACCUUGUAUACAUUCUCACUGAAAUGGCUGGAAGUACAUCAAUGGUGUUCACUCGGACAUGUGAUUCAACCCGGCUUCUUGCUUUGAUUCUCAGGAAUCUCGGUUUAAAAGCCAUCCCAAUUAAUGGUCAUAUGAGUCAGCCAAAGCGACUUGGAGCCUUGAAUAAGUUCAAGUCUGGGGAUUGCAAUAUUCUCCUUUGUACUGACGUAGCUAGUAGGGGACUGGAUAUUCCAGCAGUAGAUAUGGUGAUUAACUAUGAUAUUCCUACAAACUCCAAAGAUUAUAUACAUCGUGUUGGAAGGACUGCUCGUGCAGGGCGCUCUGGGGUUGCCAUUUCCCUUGUUAACCAAUAUGAGCUGGAGUGGUACGUUCAGAUAGAGAAACUUAUAGGCAAGAAGCUACCAGAAUAUCCUGCAAAUGAAGAGGAAGUUUUGCUUUUGGAAGAGCGUGUUGGCGAAGCCAAAAGAUUAGCAGCCACGAAAAUGAAGGAAUCCGGAGGGAAGAAACGGAGGGGCGAAGGAGAUGUAGGAGAGGAUGAUGAUGUUGACAAAUACUUUGGUCUGAAAGACAGAAAAUCGUCUAAGAAGUUUAGAAGAUAAAUAUGUUAUUUGUUUCCGAAAAAAAAUAUUAUGUUCAUUUUUGUCUAAGUUUUUUUUGUUGUCAAUUUCUUUUCUUUGAGAUUUUCAAAACAAGUAUGGAGAGAGUCAAAUUAUUUAUUUGGUUAUAGGAAUAGGUUUUCAAAUUAGGAUUUGAGUACGUUGUCUUAAGUUAUAAAUACAAAAACAUUCUUCUCUCUCUCUCUA